CACGGCCAGUCGAGUCUACCACACAGGUGUAACACAAACGCACUGUUUCGAAACUGUAUGCAGACGACGAUAACCGUUAUUCGGAUGCGGAGAGAGAGAGUGAGGAACGAUCUUCACAAAUUUUCGAGGAGACAACUACGGAGGAUUUUCGAUCAUGGAGGAAGAAUUGCGAUGUACUGCUUGUAGAGGAUUUUAUACUAAUCCAGUGAUUUUACCAUGUACCCAUAAUAUAUGUUUUCCAUGCGUUUUAUCGCUUCAACAAGUUAACGGAACGGCAGUUUUACCGGCAUCUAACGAUCAGCCUCAGCAGUCAACGAACUCCACCGGUACGCAGUACGAUUUCUCGUUUGACUUCCCCGAGGCCGACCGGCUGAGCGCUUUCAGCGAUGGGGACAGUGGGGUGAGUUUUGUUGGGGGGUAUGCACCUAGUCAGGCCAGCGGUUCGAGCUCCAGCUCAGGUGCUUCCAGUGGGAUUGGCAAGAAUGGCUUCACAACAGCUAACCCAGAGACUCUGAGGAUCAGCUGCCCGCAGUGCCAUCGCACUAUAUUCUUGGAUGAAAAAGGGGUCAACGGCUUCCCGAGAAACCGAGUAUUGGAGUCCAUCGUUUCUCGGUACGGCAAGGCACAGAAUUUAAUCGUAAAUUGCCAGCUAUGCGAACAAAAUGCUGCUGUUGCUUCGGUUUAUUGUGAACAGUGCGAGGUAUUUUACUGCAGUGCGUGUCGAGUCAGUUGCCACCCAGCCCGUGGUCCUUUGGCCAAGCACAGUUUGGUAACCCCUGCCAAAGGAAGUCUGAAAGUGAAAACCGGAAAGUCCCCGCCAAAGAUAGCAAAAUGCCAAGAACAUACGGAGGAGAACCUAAGCAUGUACUGUGUAAUGUGUAAGAUGCCUGUCUGUUAUGUCUGCCAGAACGAAGGAAAGCAUCUAAAGCAUGAGAUGAAAGCACUUGGAGCAAUGGCUAAAAGUCUAAAGACGGAGCUUUCCCAGGCGCUGACAUCAUUAUCAGAGAAAGCCAAGAGUGCCAAAGACUUCCUGGUGCAUCUAAAGAACACAAUAGACCAAGUACAGGUAGGGGAGAGUAGUGUUGAUUUUGAAGCCAGCCUUGUUGCAAAGUUUGAUGAGCUCAUCAAUGUUGUACAGAAACGAAGAGAUCAACUAAUCCUGCAGGUUCAUCGGGAGAAGGGGUUUAAGACGAAGAUGUUAAAGAACCACAUUGGACAGUGCAGCGGGAAACUCAAACAGACAACGGGCCUCCUGGAGUACAGUAUAGAAGUGAUGAAGGAAGGGGACCCUGCAGCCUUCCUUAUGGUCUCCGGAGCGCUGGUCCAACGGGCGCAGAUGUCUGAGGAAUCCUGGGAUAAGGAACUACUCCUCCAGGCAAGGGUUGCUCCUGAGUUUGACCUGACCCUAGACAGCGCCCCCGCCAUUCAAUCAAUAGAAAGGCUCAACUUCAAAGAGAUGAAACGUGUGGACAUGACUAAGGCACCUGAAGCACCCAGCAUCAUCCCAUCUGACUGCAGUGCAGAGAACAACAGCGUGACCAUAGCUUGGCAGGCCCAUCCAUCCAGCUGGGUAGAAGGCUAUGUACUGGAGCUGGAUGAUGGCAAUAAUGGAGAGUUCAGGGAGGUGUACUGUGGGCGUGAAACCAUGUGCACAGUUGACGGCCUGCACUUUGACAGUACGUACCAUUCCCGCGUCAAGGCCUACAACCACGCGGGUGAAGGGGAAUACAGUGAGACCAUCUGCCUGCAAACAGCAGAAGGAAUCAGCUUGUUCAGUUCAAGAGUUUGUAUGUUCACUGGAAGAAGUUACAUGGUUGCUUGGUUCCAUCCUGACCCUAGGACAGCCCACAAGGAUAUCAUCUUCACCAACGAGAACAUGACACUUACCUGCAACAACCAAGAUGACCGCAUUGUCUUGGGGAACGUUGGCUUCUCCAAGGGUGUCCACUACUGGGAGGUGACCAUCGACAGGUACGACAAUCAUCCAGACCCUGCCUUUGGCGUUGCGCGAUUGGACACGUCCAAGGACACCAUGCUCGGGAAGGACGACAAGUCUUGGUCCAUGUACAUUGACAGCAACCGAAGCUGGUUUAUUCACAACAACGCACACUCGGAUAGGUGUGAGGGCGGUAUAGGUGUCGGUUCCGUCGUAGGUGUGCUGCUCGACCUAGAUAAGCAUGUUCUGUGCUUCUAUGUCAAUGAUAAGGCGCAGGGUCCAGUGGCCUUCAAGGAUAUGAAGGGUGUCUUCUUCCCAGCAUUUAGCUUGAACCACAAUGUACAAGUCACAGUCCAUCCAGGAUUAGAGAUACCCACAGACUUUGAUUAAAUUCCCUAUCAAACAUAUAACGUUCUAUUUGUAAAAAGCAGAGUUAGUGCAGUUUUAUUAAUGAAAUGUCAUUCUUGAUUGAAGAAAGUGGCUUGUGUGAAAAUGUAUCUGUAAUUGUGUAGAAUGUAUUCUGGUAGAGCACAUAAGUUCAUUCCUGACACAUGGUAUGUGCAAUGCACCUUGUCUGUCACUCUGUCACAUACAUUUUCAAUAGAUCUUCAAAACUUUGCAGUAGCUGGAUAUCUGUAUUAAAGGUAGUGAUUAUGUAUUCUUUGUUGCUUUAUUGAAUCAUCAAGGGUACCCUGUGCUUCUUCCAUUUUGAUUAGAAAACAAUCAGAAAAUGUAAUCUUUCAUUUGAUUUCCCUAUUGUUGUUAUGUCACUGAUGAGUGCUGGUGAGUAAGAACAUCUUCCAUUUCUAAUCUUAUCAUGUCUACACGUGCAGUAGAAUCUGGUCAGCAUUUCACGAAAUCAUUAUACCGGUAAGUACAAUUUCAUAGACAACCCAUUGAAAUGCGUGUACUAGAUUUUACACAGGUUCCAGUGGGAUGUCAGUGAACUUGUACUUGUGACAGUUUUGUGAAACAGCGAUGCCUUUUUGUUGUUGUCCUUGCUAUGGUAAACAUUAAGCCCUUGUAUUGGACAUUUUAUAGAUAUAGACAUGUAUGCAAUGAUUGUAUUGAACAUUAUGAAUUAGCAUUCCCUUGAUAGUAUCUUUGUUUAUACUUUUAGAAUGAAUUAAUCUGACAAAUUGUUAAGUCCUUGUGAUUAAAAUAUCACAGAAAUAAGUCUUCGUAGCGGACAAAGGUAAUCAAUAAAUCAAGAAGACUGACGUUUUUAAUGGCUGCUAUUGCACUUUGGCAAGAUAUAUAUCUUAUUAUUCCUCACUAUAUUUAUAAAUGUGCAUUGUAGACCACUACCAAAGUUAUGUCCACAUAGAGGCUUUCAUGUUUUGACUGACUGCAGAUAGUUAACCCUCGAUUAUAUCCUCUUUUUAUAUACAUUGUACCUGUGUAAAAUAUGUAUUAGAUGAUUUCAUUUAAAGGUGCUUUUUUCAUGAAGAAGCCAAGGAAUGAGUGUCUCCUGCCCUCCAGAAUGAAAAGGAGAAAUUAGUUAAUGAAUUAAAGCUGAAAGAGCAUUGAAUUGCCAUGUAUGGACCGUACUUGUACAUAGAAAAAGAUAUUUCCCUGUUUGCUUCAUAGAGACAGUUAUUGCAAAUGUUGCAUUUGGACGGUGUGGUAAAAGUGCUUUUUGUAUGAUUGUGUAGAGGAGCUGCACGAUCAAAAUACUUGCUAUUUUUAAAUACUGUAAAUAGAUUAUUGCAUUGGUUUUUCCAUGUCAUAGAAUUAAUCAAUGAUAACUGCACAUAUGUAUACUAGAGUGACAAAAUCAUUGAUUUUGAUAAAUGUGUGGUCUGUAUUCUCUUGUACUUUCAAAAUGCAAUUUCUAUGAUCUUUUCAAAUAUUGAUGACUAUUCAAAAUGAAACAAAAAGUGGCAAUUGUACUUAUUAUCAUGUAAUGUCAUGAAUAAAUUGCCACAAAAACUGUGUUCUGUUAUCACAAUCAUUAUUUAUGUAUUCCCUAUUUAUAUGAGUGCAUGUGUGCGUAAAAUAAAUUAUUUAUCUAUCUACACAAGCCAUGACAAUGAUAUAUGAUUUUAAAAUUAGGAAGAUAUCUCUGUUAUUGUUCAUGGUUAUAUUUUCUUUUUUCUAUCUUUUACUUGAAUUUGUUCACACUGACAUUUUUUCUUUUUGUUUGAACUGUUUAAAAAUAUCACAAUUAGAUUUUAGAGGUGAUUCGUAAUUUGUAAAUCAUUUGUAGAGUUUAAUUAACAAAAAAACCCAACACUGGCAUUGUCAAUACAAGCAGGUCGAUGUCAAGUGUAUGUUCUUGAGAUUUUUGUUUUCUGUUUUAUUCAAGAAGACUGAAUAUAUAUUUUAGUCAGUAUUUCAAUGCAUUUCCUUGUAAAAUUUACCUGUAAUUCUAAGGAAUGUAUGAAAUAUGUUUGAAAAGCUAUUUUUCUUCAUUCAAUCAUUCGUAUUUUACAAGAUUUCCAGGUUAAUAGUAGUCAUAAUUUCUGUGUUAUCUGGACCAGGACAUUUGUUAAAAUUAUAUGCUGUAUACAAGUAACUCAUUGGUGCUUGGGCGUUGGAGAAUAUAAUUGUUUAUUCCAACUUCCUGUUUGUAUUUUGUCCAAAUGACCAACAUAAAAAUUUGCCCAAAUUUUGUGUAAAGUGAGAAAUUUGUAAUUGGAAGACGAUCAAGAACAUGAUAUUAGAUAUAUAAGUUUGUUGAUCAAGUAUUCACUUGAAUUGGGACCAACAAAUAUAUAGGUCAUUAAGCCAUUUUUCCUCCCUCAAGUGGAUUCAGUCCAUGGCAAUGAAAAGCACUGACCACAAGUUAAUGAGGUUAUUGUAUCUGAACAAAAAUUGAAAUUAACAUUGUGUAAAACAUAUCUGUUAACUGAAUGCAUUUGUUUGAAUCAAAAAACUUUGGCCUUUACACUACUAAAAUUUAAACCUGAUGCUGGGUUCCAGCUUUUGUCCAAUAUCGGGUUUAACCGAAGAUGUUAAUCUGAAUUUUCCUUUUGUAAAACAAGAAUUAGUCAAAUAUGGACCUAAAAUUUCAGGAACAUAGUCUUUGUGGGAUGUAAGAAUAAGAGAUGAAAUUGUGGUUCACAAAUAACUUGUGGCAUUGGCUUCCAGUUGUAUAAUGUAGAAGCACAUAGCCUCACUAGUUUAUUUCAAGAGGUAAUGAUGUCUUUGAUAAUGGAUGAAUUCCUACUUUGAAACUAACAGAUUAGUUUCUUUCAUAAUUAAGUCCAGAUACAAGAAACGUUUAAAUACCUCAUUUUCUACUGAAUAUCAUACUGCUGUAAAAAGAGCACCUGUGAUCAUGUGUUGUAUUUUUUGUAUAUCGUGCAAAAUUAUAUUAAGUGAAAAGUAUUCAUUGCUUAAAUGUAUUCACAUCA